CACACACACAUACAGAGAGAGAGAGAGUAUGAUGAUGGCGCCGCCGUCCGUGGCUCCUCUCACCCCGCUGGUACCAGCAUCACCUCCGGUCCAGUGAUGAUUCGGGACGAUGGAGAAGUUGUCGGUGAGCGUGUCGGAGAUCGCGUGGAGUCCGCUCGCGCUGCCUCUGGACGCGGUGGUCAGCAAGUUCCGGCUGCCCACGCUGGUUCGUCUGGAUCGCGAUGAGUGUGAGGGCCUGUCAGAGGAAGACGUGGUGCUGCUGCACUCGUGUCGUCAGUGGACCACGGUGACAGCUCACAGUUUAGAGGAGGGACACUACGUCAUCGGGCCCAAGAUUGACAUCCCUCUGCAAUACCAAGGGAAGUUCAAGUUGCUGGAUGAAGACCGGGAUGUCAGGGAUCCGAUCCAGCAUUUCUCCAGCGUGGAGGAAAUUGCUGCAGUCUUCCCUGACCGGGUCUUCGUCUUGGACACGGUCACGUUCAGUGUCAAGGUGGUUUCGGGGGAGUUCAGUGAGGACAGUGAGCCCUACAGCUUCACACUGCAGGCAGGUGAUGAGCUGUCACUCAUGGGCAAGGCGGAGCUUCUCUGUGCCACACCCUCUAAGGAAAAGACCGGGCUGAGCGCGCUGUUAAGACGCCUGGGAAAGACCCCGCGAUGUAAAACUCCAUGCCUGGUCUGCAUGAACCACCGCACCAAUCAGAGCGUCAGCCUACCCUUUGCCUGCCGUGGACGCUUUUGCACACGUUCCCCUCUGGAGCAGGGCAUGCUGGGAGGAGAGCACACCGUACGCAGCAUCAUCGAGAGAGUUCGUCUCCCCGUCAAUGUGUCCGUGCCAUCGCGGCCGCCGCGAAACCCCUACGACCGCCACGCGGUGAGGGAGGGCCACCGCUACAAGCUGCUCAACAUCGUCAGCAAGACAGUGGUGCUGUGCAUGGUGCUUCGCCGACAGGAAGUCUCCCCCUCUCAUUUCUGCUGCUGGCGCUGCAUGCCUCGGUUUAACGUCGCAGAGGCUUCCGUCCACACAGCGGUGCUAGAGAGCUUGUUGCUGCGACACGCAUUUGACCCUGAUGCCUACUCGCGUGCCGUUCGAGAAACCAGGCCAGAGCUGGAGUGUAUGACAGAAGAGUGCGUGAGCCCGCGCCGCUCCCGCAUAUGUGUGUCGGGUCAGGACUCACGCCCGGCGCUGCAACGCCUCUCGCUGUGUGGCUAUGGGGGCGGGGUUUCAGAUGGUCUAUCACAGCGCUGCAGAGACUCUGGGGAGCAGCUGGGGGAGGGGCCAGGUGAGGAGAGGGAGUACGUGACUGCCGAGUGGACUGAACCUGAAAUGAGGGGCAGUGAGGAGAUCCCCUACGAGGAACUCUGGACCAAUCAGAACACAGAAGGCUUAGGGAAGGCAAACCUCAUCUCCUUCCAUUCAUCUUCAUCAAUGGACGGUUCUGUCGGUACUGUUGUGACACGAGUGUCGACGCCCACCUGUACCUCCAAAUCAGACGCUGUGAGAGAGGAAUGCCGUUUUCUGAUCGCCCCUCCUGUCCCUCCACGAUGCUCUAAAGGAGGCUCCAUCUCCAGUCCAGCACCAAGCCCCCCCGUGCCUCUACGCUUCCCCAGAACUUCCACCUCCCCCAGACCCAACCUCUCCUUCUACUCAUCUGGACUGCAGGACAGCUGCUCUCCGUCUUCAGAUACUUCUCUCUAUUGUUAUCCGUGUUCCUGGACUGACUGCCCUGCCCCUAAUUCUACCAGUUCAGAGUCAGUCCCUGCUGUCCACGCGGAAGGCACCGCUAAUCAUCAGCCGGCACAAGCCACCUGGUCAGAGCCAUGGGCAGAUUCCUUCACCUCCGGGCCUCGUCUAAGACCACCACCUCCUCAUAGUCGAUUUGCUCCAUUUGGGGCAUUGAACCCCUUCAACCGCCAAUCCCCUUGCCCCUCACCCGAGCCUGCUGUCAAUCCCACAAUGGAUUCUUCCAGAGGGGCAGAGGGGGGUGGGAUUUCCACUGAGGGCACUGAAGGUUUGGCCCUGCCCACUGAUCCCACCUGGCGCCCUCCUGCAGACUUGUCUGCGCUGUCACUGGAAGAAGUGUCGGCCUGCCUCCGGUUCAUCGGCCUGUCAGAGGCGGCAGUGGCCAUUUUUCAGAGAGAGCGAAUCGAUGGUAGCCUUCUAGUGCAGCUGACUGAGGACAUCCUGUCACAUGACUUCCACCUGAGCCGACUCCAUGUCACCAAGAUCAUACAGUUCAUACAGGGCUGGAGACCCAAGAUCUAACACCCAAAAACAUACAACUGUCCUGAUAAUAUGCCUGUCGGCUGCUGAGCCAUUCUCAAUGUGCCUUCCACUGUGACAAACUGACUGCUGAGCCCCAAUCACUGAAGGUGAAACUGUGCCACCCUGUGGUCAAACUAUGGUACGGACAACUGACGGAUAUGCUGUCUGAAUCAGAAUUACUAACCAGUAGGAACAAUGUGCCAUGUCACGACGGACCUUUGGCACAAACGAUCAACCACACCUUCUGUUAAAAGAUAGAAGGGUUUUGUGCACUACUUGAUCUGAUAUUGCCUCUAUACUAUAGUGCUAAGCACACUGCAGAACAAAAUCCCAUUAGUAAUGGAAAGGAAGUAGAAAAAUACCUUUGUUUUACAUUCAAAACAUGUUGGGACAAAAUGUUAAAUGCAACCGUCAUACACUAUAAUUCACAUUUAAACUCUUAAUUUUUCAUCAGUGUUGUAGCUCUGCAACAAUGAUUACUUUAGUUUUACAUGUUUCCUUAUUUACAGAACAUUAUUGGUUUAUUGCCCAUUUUGGAAGCAUUUUGUAAUUUGAGUUCUUUAGUUCCACACUACUAUUGAUGUAAACUGAUUUAAAAUCCUGUGCAUACUGUAUUUCUUCAAUGUAAUGCCCUGAAAAGCUGACUUAUUACCGUUCGGCCCUAAGGAAAAUACAAGAUUGUUAAACCAGAGACCAAUGGCGACUACUAAAUGUCUUUAGUUUAAAGUCUCUUUGAAGGAUCUAUGGUUAUCACUGGAAUGACUUUGUGUCGAACAAGCGGU